GGUGGUAAGCCGGAUCGUCAACAAGCGAAAGAAUGGGAUGAAGAGCGCCAUAAGCGUAGAUCAACCUCGGUUCACUUUCACAAUCCAUCAUUUGGGAUUAUGACUAUUAACGGUGGAGCUGGAACUAUUGAAGGUGGAACUUUUGCUGGAUUGUCCAUAUCAAAGAAAAGAAACCAAGGAGAUGGCCAAAAAGAUCUAGAACAGGCAAGUCCCUACGUCAUGCUCAGUUAUAUGGCUAUGCAAAGACCCUUCUUAAUCAUUGAUUCUUUCUUCUUCAAGAAUUCUCGCAAGCGAAAUAAAUUAAUAAGCAACGAUCAGAUUAACGAAGAUCAAGGACAAUCAUCAUCAAAUGAUGACGAAUCUGAUCUUGUGGGCAGUGUUGAGAAAAAAUUCGUCCUGACACUCCUUACAGAUCAGGCAGACCUGGAAGACAUCUGUGUGUCCGAGUUGAUUUUGGUUUCUAAAGAAAUCUUUUCCUCUAGAUCUUACUAA